GCCUGUGAAGAGCAGCAGCUCCUGUGAGUCACGCAACCUUGAAGGAUUGUACGGUCAGCAUGGAGACCACCACUGGGGAAUAUGUCGACAACUACGAGUACUACGAUGACAACGAGACGGCCUGCGACUACUCGGAGUGGGAGCCCUCCUACUCCCUCAUCCCCGUCCUCUACAUGCUCAUCUUCAUCCUGGGCUUGUCGGGGAACGGCGUGGUCAUCUUCACCGUCUGGAGGUCCAAGUCCAAGCGCCGGGCCGCCGACGUCUACAUCGGCAACCUGGCCCUGGCCGACCUGACCUUCGUGGUCACGCUGCCCCUCUGGGCUGUCUACACCGGCCUGGGCUACCACUGGCCCUUCGGAGUGGCCCUGUGCAAGGUCAGCAGCUACGUGGUUCUGGUCAACAUGUACGCCAGCGUCUUCUGCCUCACCUGCUUGAGCUUCGACCGCUACCUGGCCAUCGUGCACUCCCUGUCCAGUAGCAGGCUGAGGUCGCGGGGGACCAUGCUGGCCUCGCUCGGCGCCAUAUGGCUGCUGUCUUGCGUGCUGGCGGUGCCCACCCUCCUGUUCCGGACCACCGUCAAUGACCACAACAGCAACAAAACCACGUGCGCCAUGGACUUCAGCCUGGUGACCCUGAACCAGCGGCACGAGUACCUGUGGAUCGCCGGCCUCAGCCUGUCCUCCUCCGCGCUGGGCUUCCUCCUGCCCUUCCUGGCCAUGACCAUCUUCUACUGCUUCAUCGGCUGCACCGUCACGCGCCACUUCAACAACCUGCGCAAAGAGGACCAGAAGAAGAAGAGGCUGCUGAAGAUCAUCACCACCCUGGUGGUGGUGUUCGCCAUCUGCUGGACGCCCUUCCAUGUGCUGAAGAGCAUGGACGCUCUGACCUACCUGAACCUGGCGCCCAGCUCCUGCGGCUUCCUGCGCUUCCUGCUGCUGGCUCACCCCUACGCCACCUGCCUGGCCUACGUCAACUCCUGCCUCAACCCCUUCCUCUACGCCUUCUUCGACCUGCGCUUCCGAUCUCAGUGCCUGUGCCUGCUCAACCUGAAGAAAGCCAUGCAUGGCCAGAUGAGCUCCAUGUCCUCCACGCUGAGCGCCCAGACGCAGAAGUCAGAGGUCCAGUCUCUGGCCACCAAGGUGUAGGCCCGGACCCCAGAGUCAGGCCGCUGGACAGUCCUGGCUGCGAGAGGAGGAUCCAUGAACUAUGGUGGAUUUUGGGAGCUGGAGUCAGCGGGCUGAACUCCAUCACCAGUGUGGUCCACAAACUUCUCAGAGGAGACAGCUCUAUUUUUGUUUGCUGAACUUUAAAAGAAGACUUUGUUUGAGUCUUCAAGGACGCUUCACUUGAAUCCUAAAGUGACCUACACAAAUCUAUUUUUACUGUAGUGUCUCUCUCUUUGCUCACGCUGCGCUCUGUGUUCUGAAAUCUUGAGGAGAUGAUGAUGAUGGGACGGAAACCUGUUUACACUGGACCAACCGCAAGAGAAGCUGGACAGAAUCCUCAUCAGAACUCUUUUAUUGUGGAAGCACUUGUUAAUAAACGCGAGCAGGAACAUCCAGCAGAGCAGUUGUUGUUGUUGUUGUUUGCUGAGGUGGUCCCCGGCUG